CGCAGGUCCAGCUGGGCACGUGACGUCACGCGGCACGUGACGUCACGUGGGGUCCACGUCGGCAGAGACGGCGGCAUGGAGUCGUCAGCGAUGGAGCCCUCCCUGUUGUCGGUGAAGGCCAUCUUCAUAUUGGAUGCCGAUGGGGAGCGAAUCUUCUCCAAGUAUUACGACAACCCCCACCUGACCGUGAAGGAUGAGAAGACAUUCGAAAAGAACGUCUUCAGCAAAACUCAGCGGACUGAGAACGAGAUCGCCCUGCUGGAUGGGCUCACUGUCGUGUACAAGAGCAUCGUAGACCUGCACUUCUAUGUCAUCGGCAGCUCCCAGGAGAACGAGCUCAUGCUGGUCGCUGUCCUCAACUGCCUCUUCGACUCGCUCAGCCAAAUGCUCAGGAAGAACUUGGAGAAGAGGACUGUACUGGACAACAUGGAGGGGGUUCUCCUGGCCGUGGAUGAGAUCGUGGAUGGCGGAGUGAUUUUGGAGAGCGACCCGCAGCAGGUGGCACAGAGAGUCGCCUUGAAGGUUGACGAUGGAUCACUGUCAGAACAGACCGUGUCGCAGCAAAUAGCUCAAAAGCUUGGCAUGAAAGGGAAUGUGCUGCAGUCGGCCAAGGAGCAGAUUAAGUGGUCCCUUCUCAAGUGAAGGAUGCCAUUGUCUGUGCUCCCAACACAUUCCACACGUUGAAACGCCUCCCCCUCCCCAACCUGAUCGACACACGCACACACGACCACGCACACACGACCACGCACACACACACACGCGCGCACACACACACACGUGCACCUAGCACCAUCGUUGCGUUCCCCACGUUCGGGCGAAACCUCUGCGCUGUGUUUUGCCUCCCGCAGUGAAGUACUAUUGCCAUUGGGUUAUUUAUUGUAGGUUGAUGUUUCACAAUCCAUGGGAGAGGGGGGGAGUGGAGGGGAUGGUGGGUAAUUGAGAAUUCGACGAGCUACUUUAACAGGAUUCACGUCGAGUCCGUAAAGUACGUUUAUUUCACGUCGUAGAAGAGUGAUUCGUAUUUUGUAUUUUAAACGUCGAAUAAAACCAGUCCAAGCCGUCCUCAGGCUGUCGCGUUUCGGCGGAAAUUUCAUCUCUCCGUUGGCCACAUAUUAGGCGGCGGGGAGAAGCGAUUCUACGAAUCGGCAGGGGUUGGCCGAUUUUCACCGUGCGUUGGUGGGAAACUGCCCUAAACCAGCAAGGCAAACGUUACUCUCGCACUACUCACCUUCCCAUCGGUGACUGCGUUCAAUUUUGUUUUGCUUGUCUGAAGAUAUAGAGCUUUGUCGGGGAAUUUUGAAUCGAUACUCGCAGACAUUAAAAAAGGGACAUUGUA